CCGGAGAGGGAGGGAGGGAGAGACGGGCCGGCCCUCGGUCAUGAAUAUUCAGUUUUUCGCUGGUUUAUGCACAAGACAAACAAGAUGGCGAGUCCCAGCGAUUGAAAGCUGAUACUUGUCGUGAGGCCUCCCGGGGUGGGGUGGCACCUCCUGUCCUCUAAUGGAGAGCUGCACGGAGCCCUGACCUUGGAUCUCCAGCUGCAAAGCUAAAGGCCUGUUCUGGAAAUAAGGAUGGCUGCUACCCGAGAGCCGCAGAUCACGCGACCGAGUCUGUCCGAGUAAAGCAGAUUAGUGGCCGGGGCAGAAAACGAAAAUCCUGGGGAAUUUGAGGUCAAAAAGGAAUAUGAGCUUUUAGGAAAUUCUCCUUUCAGAAAUAAGGAGGCGGCUGAUGGUCUCAAGGAGUCUCCAAUAAAGGCGUGUUUCCACUCUCUCCAGUGCAGAGACGGUACCAACAGCACGGCCACAGUGAUCCACGUUUGAUGUCAGUGUUACGUCACCAUCCGGACAGGGAGCCCAAGGGAAAAGGAACCCUCCCCUCCCCCAGAGCCGUAGCUGGCUGUUUGCCUGACAACCUGCGCACUUCAUUCCUAACGCUCUUUCCUGUUUGUGGGAUUAUUCACCAGGGACCACUACCAGACGUCCCUUGGAUCUGAGACCUCACUGCUUAACUAUAUGGCCUUAUCCCUUGACCCCAUGCCCUGCUGGCUUCCUGUGCCUCAGGUGUUCCCUCUCCAUCGAGUCCCAAGUCACCCUGAAUCCCAGGGCAUCCCUUUCGGGUUUUGUUUGUUUUUACAUUUUUAUUGUGUGUGAGCAUACCACAGCGCGCCUGUGGAAAGGAUCAUUUGUAGAAGUCAGCUCUCUUCCUCUCCAUGACAGCGAACUUGUCAGGCUUCCUAGCGCUAGGCUGUGCUUGCUGAGCCAUCUCCCCAGCUCUACACCAAUUCUUUUGGAGACGUUUGUUCUUCCAUGAUUUUUAUUCCGGUCUCUCCUUCUAUUUGCCGGUCCCACCCUCCCCCAGGCUCUCAAGUCUGAUUUCACUCCUCCAUCUGCCCAUCCUUCUCACAGCUGAGGUUCUGGACAGUGAUGAUGGCAAUGCUGCCCAACACAACCCCCGCUCCCAUGAUGUCAGAAGGUGUCACGGUCUCAUAGAGCACAUAGUACUGCAACAUCAGGGCCACCACCACCUCCGAGUGCAGGACAGCACAUACCAGGGCAGGGUGGGCCUUGGUGACCGCAUAGCUCACACACACAAAGGAAACCAACGCAAGGAGCCCCACUGCCACCACGCAGCUCCAGCUCAGAGGGUCUCGGGGUAGCACAGGUGUCUGUAGCACAAAGAGGCCUGGUACAGAGACCAUCAACCCCACCAGGCCGAAUAGGAAGGCCACUGUUGGGAGGCAGGACGGGAAGUGUAGAGAGCGGUAAAUCUGCAGCCCCAGUGACAGUGCCAGACCCCCCAGGAAAGCCAGUACAUAGCCCAGGGCUGUGUAGAGGCCCGUAGUCCCCUCUUGCAAUGUGCCUAGUCCAGGUCCCACAAUGAUGAUUAGUCCAAGGGUGCUGCCGAACAGGCCACACCAGGCGUAGCCGUUGAGACCUUGGCUCUCCAGGCAGAGUGCUAGGAGGGCAGAGCACACGGUGGAAGAGCCUUUGCGAACAGUGACUGCGUUGCCAGCAGGCACCACCUGCACCGCGCUGUAAGCACAUCCAAUGCUGAGGACGUUGAGCAUGGCGUGAAGGAAGGCCCGAACCCGGACAGCAGGAGGUCCUAGCAGCGGAUCACCACGAAACUUAAGUAACAAGGCAAUGGGGAGGUGGAAGAGGCAUCGAAAGAUGAGCAGCUCCAACGAGGGCAAGUGGGAGGUCUGGUAAGCCAUACGGGAGAACGGGCCCACGAAGCCAGCAGACAGGCCUCCACCUAGCAGGGCCACAAACAGGCCCUUGGUAGCAUCAGAGGGCCCGCAGCGAUGGUGAGAGUUCGAGAGGAAGCUGACUGGAGUGGAGGGCGGUGAUGGCUGGGUGAAGUCAGGUAAGUUGAAAUAGGGAUGGCUGGCAUCCUGUUAGGAAGAAAGGAGCUUGGACAUGAGGGUAACCACAGCCUGGGCAACUUGGGGUAAGGUGAGUGCCAGGUUGAGAUCGUGGACCCUUCAGGAUAGUAGAGGAGCUCAUGGGAGCUAGAAAGGGCCUAAAGAUGGAUGAGGUGGUACAAUGUGGGCCAUGAGCAUCUAAAGCAGGAAGCAGGGAGGGGGGGCGUCUUGCAGCAUCAUGUCUCUCUGGGAGCAUCAAGUUCCUGGGAGGAAAACAGAGGACCCAGGGAUACUCUGUUCGUUUGAGGAAAGGGAGUUAGCUGCAAAUGUUAUGUAUCCAUAUGAUGUCACAGGCUCCCAGGACUUCUGGGUAUAUCAUUAUGAAUUUCACUUGUAGGCGUCUCCAGGACCACUGGGAAGUUUAGAGGAGGAUGCUGACCGUUGCCCCUUUUGUCCCGAUACUCACCGUCUCUUUUUGGACUUCCUCCUCUCUUCCUGGGGUCCCCUUCAGAGCUCCAGCCAUUGUGACUUGCCUGGAGUGGGGAAGGAAAAGGCCAGGCUGAAGGAACUUGCUGAGCCACUGCUCUGCUCCAUGUUGGCUAUGUUCUCAGGCUGGCGCCAUGCCACCCCCUGCAGAGGUGACGGAUCCGUCCCAUGCCCCUGCUGUCCUGCAUCAGCUCAAUGAGCAGCGGCUCCGUGGCCUCUUCUGUGAUGUCACCCUCAUAGCUGGAGACACCAAGUUCCCUGCUCACCGCAGCGUCCUGGCUGCCUCUAGUCCCUUCUUCCGAGAUGCCCUACUAGCUUCAGCUCCACUGCCCCUCCCACCGGUCACUGGUGGCUCAGCUCCCCAGCCCUGCAACCACCAAGCUGCCUCUUCCUCCUCUUCCUCCUCUCCCCCUCCAGCCUCUCCUUACUCUUCAACCCCUCCACGGGUCCUAGAGCUGCCCGGGGUCCCGGCAGCUGCCUUUUCCGAUGUCCUCAACUUCAUCUAUAGUGCCCGGCUUGCACUCCCUGGUGGGGGAGGGGAUGGGGCAGCUGUGGCCGAGAUUGGAGCUCUGGGGCGGCGGCUGGGUAUCUCCCGCCUACAGGGCCUGGGGGAAGGAGGCGAUACGUGGGUACCUCCUGCUCCAACUGCCCUGGCCUCCUCACAACCUGAAGAGCAUGGUUUAGGGCUAGGACCUAGAGCAGAUGGCCAGUGGGAGGGUGACAAAGCUGAGGCCCAGGCUCCUGACUCACAGCCCUCCUUGUCCCGGAGGCCCUUUCCCUGCCCCCGAUGUGGAAAAAGCUUCAUCCAUCCCAAGCGGCUGCAGACACACGAGGCCCAGUGUCGACGGGGGUCCAACCCUCGGGGGUCUGCAGGACUAGGAGCUGGGGCCCCUGGCCCUGGGGGGCCUGCAGGAGUGGAUACCUCAACCCUGCCACCACCAGUGGGCUUCAGAGAUGGGCCCUGAGCAUGUGUGAAGGGGUGGUGGGCCGGCCAUGUGCUCUAUGUGUGUGCGGCCUGCGAGCGUUCCUUUCCUUACGUGACCCUGUCCAGCCUGAAACGGCACAGCAAUGUCCAUUCGUGGCGGAGGAAGUACCCCUGCCGCUACUGUGAGAAGGUGUUUGCCCUGGCUGAGUACCGCACCAAGCACGAGGUGUGGCACACCGGGGAGCGCAGGUACCAGUGCAUCUUCUGCUGGGAAACCUUUGUCACCUAUUAUAACCUGAAGACCCACCAGCGAGCCUUCCAUGGCAUUAGCCCCGGCCUCCUAGCCAGUGAGAAGACACCCAAUGGAGGCUACAAGCCCAAGCUUAAUACCCUCAAGCUGUACCGCCUGCUCCCCAUGCGGGCAGCCAAGCGGCCAUACAAGACCUACAGUCAGGGAGCCCCUGAGGCCCCUCCUUCUCCAAGCCUCCACACACCGAUCCCUGCAGCAAUGCCAGCCAGCCCCCCACUCCUGCCCCCACCUGCCCCAGAGCCUGGCCCUCCCCCCUCUGUCAUCACCUUUGCUCAUCCAGCUCCCUCUGUCAUUGUCCAUGGGAGCAGGAGCAGUGGUGGAGCCGGGGGUGGGCCAGCCAGCACAGGAGGGUCCCAAGCUGCCUCAGUCAUCACUUAUACGACUCCCCCAAGACCCCCCAAGAAACGAGAGUACCCACCUCCUCCCCCUGAGCCUGCAGCCACACCCACCAGCCCAGCCUCUAGCGCCACCAGCCCAGCCACAGCUGCAGGGCCAGCCUCAGCCACAGAGGAGGCCAAGGGCCGGAAUCUGCGGGCUGGGAGGACUCUGACUUACACAGCCAAACCCGUGGGUGGGGUUAGUGGGAGUGGGGGUUCCCCCACAGGGACAGGCCGAGGCUCCUCUCAGCUUCAGGCUCCACCUCCACUGUGUCAGAUCACUGUGCGAAUUGGGGAGGAAGCCAUUGUCAAGCGUCGCAUCUCAGAAACUGACCUGCGUCCUGGAGAGCUGAGUGGAGAAGAUGUAGAGGAGAGUGAGGAAGAGGACGAGGACGAGGAGGAAGAGGAGGACCAGGAGGAAUCCAAGGCUGGAGGGGAAGAUCAGCUCUGGAGGCCCUACUAUUCAUACAAGCCUAAGCGCAAGGCUGGCACUACUGUAGGUGGCCUCAGUGGGGUCAGUGGACUGCCCCGAGGAGGACGAAGACCACCACGCUGGAGGCAGAAGCUGGAACGAAGGGCCUGAGAGAACCCCAUCAGUGAGGGCCCAGGAGGACGAGGACGUGGUGAGCGUAGGCACCGUUGCGGGGACUGUGCCCAGACCUUUGCCACCCUGAGGAAGCUGAGGAAGCACCAGGAAGCCCACAGUGGGGGCUCCCAUGGCUCCAGGACUGGGAGAAGGUCUUCCACCCGAUUCACCUGCCCCCACUGUGCCAAGGUGUGCAAGACGGCAGCUGCCCUGAACCGACAUGGGCAGAGGCAUGCUGUGGAGCGGCCUGGGGGCACUCCCACACCUGUCAUUGCCUACUCCAAAGGCAGCAUUGGCACUAGGCCCACUGAGAUCAAGGAGGAGGCUCCCCAAGAGAUGCAAGUGUCUUCCUCAAGUGGGGAGGCUGGCAGUGGCAAUGCUGCUGCUGCUGCUGCAGCCCCUGAAACUGCCUCUCUCCAGGACCCUGUCAUCUCUGGGGGUGAGGAGCCCCCAGUAGCAGGUGUGGGCAACUAUGUGUACCCACCUGUGCAGGAAUUUCCCCUGGCCCUGAUAGGAGGCAGCCGGGAGUCCUGUGGUGGCAGAGGAAAACCUGGGAAUGCGGGGCCAGUGGGAGCUUCUGAGGGAGACCAGGUGGAAGGGCUGGGGACUGCCAAAGUCACCUUCUACCCUGAGCCGUACCCACUUGUCUAUGGCCCCCAGCUCCUUGCUGCCUACCCUUACAACUUCAGCAACUUGGCUGCUCUCCCAGUUGCUCUCAACAUGGUCCUACCUGAUGAGAAGGGGGGUGGGGCCCUUCCCUUCCUGCCAGGGGUCUUUGGCUACGCAGUGAAUCCUCAAGCAGCACCCCUUACUCCACCAACCCCACCUCCCCCAACUCUUCCUCUGCCAGUUCCCCCUAAGGGAAUAGGGGAACCGGCAGGGGUUGAGAGAACCCAAAAGGGAGAUGUGGGGUGAGCACUAAGGCCAGAUCCCCUUUCACCAGAUGCCACCCUCCCUGAGCUCCCCACCACUAUCAGCUCCCUGGCUUCCCUGCCUCUUGGGAGCCCCAUAACACUCUAGUGCAGGGAUUUGGGGGCCCCUGGAGCUCAGGAGUCAGGCUGCUUUGUGUGAUUGUAGUCUCCCCACCCCCUGAAAAGGGAUUUUUGGUGGUUCCCCUCUCAGUCUUUUCCAGGGAAUGGCCCCUGUGAGGGGAAGAGCCAGCUCCCAUCCCUUCUCCAGCCCUUGGGGCAACUGAGCAAUAUACUUAUCUGAAUCUCUACUUACAGCCCCCACCAGCUCUGAAUGUCUAACCUGCUCCCCUGAUUUGUAAACCUGGGGAAGCUCACCUAAUGAUGCCUGCUGUUCCGAAGCUCUCUAAGCCCUUCCCCCAUGCUUCCUAGCACAUUCCAUUCUUUGUGGCCCAGGGCCUGGACCAGACCAUUGUGAUAUCCACCCACCAGCCUGGAAGCAUGGCUUUGGAUUCCGUUCUUCCCAAGGGGUGGGUUUUCUCUGUCCUUGUUUUUUUCAUAUUACGAUGCCAUGCUUCCUUGGCUUCCAUGCCUUUGGAUCUUCCAUAUUCCUUCCUGUGCUCCUAGACUUGGAGAUGGCCUAACCCAAUCCAGGUCAAAAGGAGGGUGGGAGGGUGUUUUCUACGACCGAGCACUUUCUCAGUACAGGGCAGGGAAAUCUUGGGCCCUAACCUUUACCCCCCAAAAUCCAGUGACUCCAGAUUCUUUAAGACGAAAAAGGUGAAUAGAUCAUAUCUCUUCUGGCCUUUAUACAUGGCUUCUUUGGGGCUAAAUCGAGUUUGAGCACCAUGUCUGAAGCACUCCAUGUAGGAUGAAGAGACUACUUUCUCCCUGCCAGCCCUCACUAUGGUUUCUUCUAGAUUAGACCAAAUAGCCAGAAAAUCGGUGGGGGGUUAAUGUGUGAGUAAACCCUCCACCCUUGCCUCUACCUUAUCUCGUCUAGUGUCACUGUCCUUGCCAGUCACUCCAGAUGGUUUCGAGGGCGCCAUCCUUCUCUUCUGGUGGGCUUGGGGUAUCCCCACCAACUAUGCCUCCAAAAAUAGCACCUUAUACCCCAUCUCUGACUCAGUUCCCCACACCCAAAGAUCCCAGCCUAGGGAUGGGGUGCAGGGAUUUUAAAUAGUCCCUGAUCCCUAAUUUGCACUAGUUAACCCUGGUUAGGGGUCCCUAUGUUUCCUUACAGUGGGGAAGAUAAAUGUUUGUUCCUAAUUCUUGUGGAAAAAUGGGGCCUCCCUAAUGUGUGAUUACCCACCUCACCUUCCCCACAAAAAAAAGCUCACAGGGGAGAGCCAGUUGAGGGAGCAACUUUGAUGUGGGAAUUAGAGGAGCAUGACUUUUAAAAAGAGAAAGACUGUUUUAAUCAAAAUGACAGCCUUUCUGUCAGCUACUGUUUUCAGGGGCCAAGAUGGCUGCCCUCUGACCUCCCGUGGAGAGGACAAGCUCAUGGCUUUGGAGGAAGAUGAGUUUGGAAAGGCCAGGAGCGUCUUCCUGCCCCUUCCCAACCUCCCAGUACACAGGAAGGGGGAGGGUGUUGGACAGGCUUCCUGAAUGUUAAUCCUGGAGGGGCCGCUCCAGUCCUCCUCUUUCUCUUUGCACUUUUCUUGGUCUUGGCCACAGCCUGAGUGAAGAAUUUCCUACUGAAUGUACCAAGUUCCAGUUUUUAAGGGGGAAAAAGUUUCAAACAGGGAAAUAUGGGGGAAAAAAAAGAAAAAAAAUCACUAAAAAUUCCCAUAAAUCUUGUUUCAGGCACUUUAGAAAAACUGCAAAAAAUACAUAAUAAAGAAUACCUAUAUAUAUAUAUCUACACACAAAUUAUAUAUAUAAAUAUAUCUAUAUAUACAGCGGAACCACAAGAGAGACUGAGGAAGGCCUGAAGGCAGGGGCAGCUAUGACAAGUCUCCUGUCCCCUUCAGCUGUACUCCUCUGAGGAAGUCGGGAGAGUAAAGGGGUGAAAAUGGACUGUGGAAUUUGAAUUUCAGAAUAGAUCAAAAUUCCAAAACCACGCACCUUUUGGAAGAAUCGAGAUUAUAAGUGUUUAUUUUGUUUUUUAAUAUGGGUCAGGAGAAUAGCUCCCAGAAUUUGGCAACAAAGUUAUGGCAAAGCAGAAACUUAAAAAUAUGUAUUUGAGCUGGAAAGUUUCAAUAUGUGAGUUUCAGGUAUUGGAAAUUUUGGGUUUUGUCAUUUGAAAAUGAUCAAGUCUUGUCAGCGUGUGCCCUCUUUCCCAUGUUCCCUGGGAGAGGGUGACAGAGUGAGAAGGCCCCUGGCUCUGUACCACAGCACGCAAGAUUUAGAAUUCUAGCUCUGUACGUAGUGAGGACCCAGAUUUAGAGAAACUGACCAAUAUUUAUCUCCAGAUUUGUGUGUGUUUCCAAUUCUCUAGGCCAAUAAACCAACAAGACAAUGAA